ACUAGCCCACUAGCUGGCUUCCAAAGUACCAGAGCUCAAACCGGUGGUUCUUUUUCUCGCUCCUUAGUCGGGCAUCCAAUGCAAGCUUCGGGACUCCGAUUUUCUCAUUUGUCUCGCUUGGAAUCUCCUGAAGAACUUGCCAGUAUGCCAGAAGCUGAUGGGCUGCGUGUUACGAUUCUGCUUUCUGAUUCUCUGCUUAACAUUUUUAAGGUAUGCGCCUACUUUCAUUAUUUGAUUUUUACUACCUUUAUCAGAAUCUUAAGAACGUAG